GGGAACCAGCCUCUCCUUUUUCGGCAUCAUCGGCGGCAGAGGGAUGCUUCGACGCCCGCCAACACGCAUUGAACUCAAACCAGAAGACGUGGAAGAGCUCGAAGCCAUUCAAGAACGGCGACGGGUAGAGCGACAGCACCAGCUCCUCCAUAAGGCGGGGACUGCAGGUGCUUCGGCCCCUUUAAGUAAUAUGGCCGACAAUAAUGGCGGGGAGCCUCCUGGAGUACGAGACGUAAAAACGGAGCGUCCUCGCACGCCCACAGUUGCCGAGCGCAUAGGUCUGCGUAAAUGAGAAGGAAACCGCGAUCGG